AUGCUGGCUUCUGGACAGGCUCCCAAAAACCUUCCUGGAGAUGCCAGGGAGCCCAGAGGUUACCCAACAGUAGCGACUGCCAUCCAGAAGGAAGUCAGCCUCGGGGUGAAUGGGGGAGAUGGAACACUAAAGGCCACGCCCCCCCAGCAGGAAUUGACAGAGAUUUUAGCUGCUCUGCAGCCCUACUUCUACGGGACCCAGAUUGGGGGAUGCCUUUUGGUCGAUUCCAGAGGUGCCGAAAUCUCACACGACGUUCGUGGCUUCGUCCCCGGAGACCUCUGCCAAACCACACAUCCCGGGUUCACGUUCCACGGGAAACUGGAAACAAAAGCCGGCGACACUUUCGGUGCAGCCGGGAAGAAGGACAGCCAAGCCUCCUCCCUCCCUCCCUCUCCUCCGGAGCCGGGAACACACUGUGAGGAACCCAGCAGCAGCUGCCCUGCCAGCCUGGCCCGCCACACCUCCAAGGGCAUCCGGCUGUCCGGGGCAUCCGCAGGCCUCGAGCUGGGCGCCUGGCUUGGCAUCCGGGAAGGCGUCGGAGGCCCUCUCCCCACCGGUGCUUGGCAGCCGACUACAGAGCUCGUGCUGGAGGCAAUUAAUUACCAGAAUGUGGCCACAUCCAAACGGACACUGGGCACCUGCCCUGCCGCGGCUCACGACCUGUCCUCCGGCCAGAGCUCGGCGUUCACGCCGCAGGGCUCGGGCUACGCCAACGCCCUGGGCCACCACCACCACCACCACCAUCACCACCACCACCACGCCGGCCAGAUGCCCAGCUACGGCGGCGCUGCCUCGGCCGCCUUCAACUCCACGCGCGAGUUUCUGUUCCGUCAGCGCGGCUCCGGGCUCGGCGAGGCGGCCUCGGGCGGCGGGCAGCACGGGCUCUUUGCCGGCUCGGCCGGCAGCCUGCACGCGCCCGCGGGCAUCCCCGAGCCCCCCGGCUACCUACUCUUCCCGGGGCUGCACGAGCAGGGCGCCGGGCACCCGUCGCCCACCGGGCACGUCGACAACAACCAGGUCCACCUGGGGCUGCGCGGGGAGCUGUUCGGUCGGGCUGAUCCGUACCGCCCGGUGGCCAGCCCGCGCACGGACCCUUAUGCGGCGGGCGCGCAGUUCGCCAACUACAGCCCCAUGAACAUGAACAUGGGCAUGAACGUGGCGGCCCACCACGGGCCCGGCGCCUUCUUCCGUUACAUGCGGCAGCCCAUCAAGCAGGAGCUGUCCUGCAAGUGGAUCGACGAGGCGCAGCUCAGCCGGCCCAAGAAGAGCUGUGAGCGGACCUUCAGCACCAUGCACGAGCUGGUGACACACGUCACCAUGGAGCAUGUGGGGGGCCCGGAGCAGAACAACCACGUCUGCUACUGGGAGGAGUGCCCCCGCGAGGGCAAGUCCUUCAAGGCGAAGUACAAACUGGUCAACCACAUCCGCGUGCACACCGGGGAGAAGCCCUUCCCGUGCCCCUUCCCGGGUUGCGGGAAGAUCUUCGCCCGCUCGGAGAACCUCAAGAUCCACAAGAGGACCCACACAGGUGAGAAGCCCUUCAAAUGUGAAUUUGAAGGCUGCGACCGACGCUUCGCCAACAGCAGCGACCGCAAGAAGCACAUGCAUGUGCACACCUCGGACAAGCCCUACAUCUGCAAAGUGUGCGACAAGUCUUACACGCACCCGAGCUCUCUGCGCAAACACAUGAAGUGUUGUCCUGCUUGGUAUCCGGGACAGCCUCUUAUUCCUGACGAAGAACUUGAUACUGACGUUGGUAUGCAGCAGCCAGCCCUCCAUAACACUACCUAUCCUAAAUGCAGGGCUAAUGCCGAACCUACUGUGCAAGAAAUGAUUUACUGAUGAGGUUUCAAAGAAAACCACAUCAAUUUGGAUGUAUGUUACCUUGAAGUAAUCAUUUUAAAAGUAGUAGCUUCUUCCCUAGGUAUAAAAGAGAGAGAGAGCCCGCGCGAGAGAGAACUAUUUUCUUCUUUUGGUGUAUUUUAUCUUGUGUUGAGCAAUCAUAUGUGAAUGAAAAAACAGAAAAGCUAUUCCCCACCCCCAAUUUAGGAUUGAUAAAUGGGAAGAUGGAGGUUAAGACUGGCCUAUUCCUAACCCAGUAUGUAUUAUCUGUGUAUUGUGCUGACCUUGUUGAAAAUAGUUUCCACCUAUCUACAUUCCACAGGUAGAACUAGAAUGUUUAAAAUCAGAAACAUGUUGUUGGUUUUGUCUUGAUAGCUUCAUGUGCUUGUGUUCAGAAAGC